CACGAGAUCUGUUGAUCUAGUAGACCAAGGUGUUCCGUUCUACCCUGGAGCUAAUUUCACCAUUUACUUUGGAAAUAAAAGGUAAUGCUCAGCCAGCAGGGUUUGUUUCUGCUCAUUACGUGCUUGCAGUUCUGUUCUAACCUUUGCGUUGACGUUUGUAUUAUUAUGAUAGGAUUGCCCCUUUCCCACCUGUUUCCCUUUCCACCUGUUUCCCUUUCCACCUGUUUCCCUUUCCACCUGUUUCCCUUUCCACCUGUUUCCCUUUCCCCGCUUCUUACUCAUCCAUAUCACUUUCAAGCGUUUGCUGUUUACACAUAUUAGCUAGUACACGAUCGAGCGUCUGGCCUGACGUCAUAGCAUUGUUUC